AUGGCUAACUCUGCUUCUCCUGCAACUUACAUUGAAGACACACCUCCUCGAGUCCCGUCAGCUCUUACUAUCGCUGCCAUUGACACUAACGUAACCGUUCUUGAAUUCAUCAAGAACACAUGCAACCAGGAUGUUCUGGCGUCCUCUGAAUCUCAAAGUGCUGCGAUUACAUUACAAGAAAGGAAACAGCAUAUUGAUUUGAUACUCAUAGAGGUUGAUAUGCCAAUCAUGAACGGCUACGAAUUUAUAGAAUUUCUCAAGAAAGAACAAAUUAAUGUUCCUCUCAUAAUGAUGUCUUCGGAUGAUAGUAUGUCUUCCAGAUUGAGGGCGAUUAAACAUGGAGCUUGUGAUUAUUGGAUUAAACCUUUCCAUGAGUUUCAUUUGAAGAAUAAGUUGACACGUCUAUUUCAGAAGAAGUGCAUCUGUGCAGAUAAGCUGCAAAAGGAUACUGGUUGCUUGGAAGAUCAUAAUAAAAGAAGAGGAAUAAGUGAUAAUUCUGAACUGGCUUCGUCUAUGGUUCAUGGGAGCAAUAGCAUGUCUGAAGAAAGCGAUGAUGUUGAUGAAUCAAGUAAUCCACCUCCCACCAAGAAGCCUCGUGUUGUAUGGGAUAAAAAACUGAAUGAUUCAUUUCUCAACGCCGUGGAAAUACUUGGAGUUGAUAAUGCUGUGCCGAAGAAAAUUCUUGAAAUCAUGAAUGAACCUCGUUUAGAAAGAUCACAUGUUGCUAGUCAUUUGCAGAAACACAGAAAUUCUUUAAAAAAGGGCAAACAGAAGGGCAAGUCAUGCGAUCCAGAGACACAGAUACAGCAGCAACAACCGCAACAGAAUGACAUGUUUCUCAUUUCAGGGAGACAGAUAGAGCAACAACAAUCGCAACAGAAUGACAUGUCAUGGAACACGGAACCAAGGAUGUGCGCAGUUGAAAGAAUUCACUGGCAACCUUGUUCUGCUACUACAAGGACAGGUAACAUGGUAGAGGAAGCUUUGGCAAAUAUACAAUUGGCUGACAAUUUUCAUGCAGAGGCAACCUUGGCACAUGAUCAGCCUUUAGAAAGCUUUCCUAACAUUGCCAGUUACCAGAAUUUUCAACUGGAAACUCUAGAUGAUGCUUCUCUAUGGGAAUUAUUUUUUCCAUCUUAUACAGAGCAAGUUGACGAUCCCAUCAUGCAUCAGAUAAAUAAUAUGAAUGUACAGCAACAAAAUGACAUGUCAUUCAUCUCAGAGAGACAGCUACAAAAACAACCGCAACAGCAUGACACGUCUCUCGUUUCAGAGAGACAAAUAGAGCAACAACAAUCGCAACAGAAGGACAUGUCAUUGCCAAGGACGUCUGCAUUGCAACCUUGUUCUGCUACUGCAAUGACAAAUUUUCAUCCUGGUUUUACAGGUAACAUAGAAGAGGAAGCUUUGGCACAUGGUCAUCCUUUAGCAGCCUUUCCUAACGUUUCCAUUACCGAGAAUUCUUCAGAAGAACAAUCAAAUCCAAAUAGACAACUGGCUAACAAUUUUAAUGCAGAGCAAGUUUUGGCACAUGAUCUUCCUUUAGCAACCUUUCCUAACAUUGCCAGUAACCAAAAUUCUCAACUGGGACCUCUAGAUUAUGCUUAUAUAUAUGGAUUACUUUAUCCAUCUGAUAUACCGCUAGUUGACAAUCCCACUAUGCUACAGACAGAUAAUAUGCAGCAGUCGAUGCAUCAUAAUCAAAUGUAUCCACUGAACUUUCAGCCAUCUUCCACGAUAAUUUCUGGAAAUCCAGCUUUUGCCUCCCAGAAUUACAACUUUGGUAUGAACAUGGGUCAUGGUUCUCAAUCAAUACGAGAUGGAAAUAGCAUAGGUGAAGGAAUUCUUGAUCAAUAUAGCACUAAAGGUUCCAUUUAUCCUCCACAGUUUCAAAAUGGUGCUGUCAGACGUUCUGCUGCAAGAGAUUUUAGGAGCCAAAAUCCCAAUGUUGAUGAUAAAUUCUAUCAGAAAUGA